AUGGAUGAUGUGUUGAAUGAAAACAAAAUAGUUGCAGCUGAAAGCAAGAAGGUAGCUGAUCGUGAAAAGAUUCUCGAAAUGCAUGUGAAGAGAUUAGAGUCUGACAACAAGGCAUUGUUAAAGAAGAUUGAUACAGAUCAGACUGAGAUUGAUUUCCUUAAAGUGCGAGUGGCUGAACUAGAAGAAGAAAAGGCUCGCAGAGAUGAGCAGAACAAAUAUUUCGAGAUGAAAAACAAAGAGCUUGAAGCUGCAAAAGCAAUGAAAGAACAUGAGUUUUACAUGUUAAACAAAGUUGUUGAGAAUAUGCUUGGAAAGUUAAUAGAACAAAGAUUUGAGGAGAUUGCAGUUGAAGAACAUAGAGCUAAACACCAAGCUAAGAUUGACGCACAAAUGAAAGAUAUGGGAAAAGGUGUUGAAAGCAGUGUGGCAGUAGCUGAAAGUUCAAUUGUUCCAUCUCUUGUUAUUGAGAAUCCAGUUCCUAUAUCCUCCGUAUCAGCAAUCUUUGAAGAACAUGUAUCACUGGAAGAUCUUGCUGGUGAUGACGAUGAAGAAAAUGAUGAGGAGGAUGACGAUGAAGAGGGUGAUGAAGAUGAGGAAGAUGACGAUGAUGAAAAACUUUUCUCUGCUAGCAGUCAUGGUUUCGAUGAUGACAAUGACGAUGAUGAUAAUCAGGGUGGUAUGGGAAUCAAAGUGACUAAACAGUCAAGUGAAAGGAGUGUUGAUGAUUACUUGAAUGAUACUAUGAAUGAAGAGACAGGGGGGGCUGAAGGAAAGGGGGAGCAUGGUGAUGAUCAAAAUGUAGAACAUGUUGAAAAGUAA